AUGGAGAGUCCAUCGUCAGCAAUAAGAGUUCCAAAGGAAUCUUCUUCGUUGGUAAAACGCAACAAUGGAGAGUCCAUCGCCAGCAAGAAGCGCUCCAAGUCAGCGAAAAAAGCACAACAGGAAUCAUCCGAUGAGGAAUCUUCUUCGUUGGUAAAACGCAACAAUGGAGAGUCCAUCGCCAGCAAGAAGCGCUCCAAGUCAGCGAAAAAAGCACAACAGGAAUCAUCCGAUGAGAAAUCUUCUUCGUUGGUAAAACGCAAAAAUGGAGAGUCCAUCGUCAGCAAAAAGAGCUCCAAGUCAGCGAAAAAAGCACAACAGGAAUCAUCCGAUGAGGAAUCUUCUUCGUUGGUAAAACGCAACAAUGGAGAGUCCAUCGCCAGCAAGAAGCGCUCCAAGUCAGCGAAAAAAGCACAACAGGAAUCAUCCGAUGAGGAAUCUUCUUCGUUGGUAAAACGCAACAAUGGAGAGUCCAUCGCCAGCAAGAAGCGCUCCAAGUCAGCGAAAAAAGCACAACAGGAAUCAUCCGAUGAGAAAUCUUCUUCGUUGGUAAAACGCAAAAAUGGAGAGUCCAUCGUCAGCAAAAAGAGCUCCAAGUCAGCGAAAAAAGCACAACAGGAAUCAUCCGAUGAGUCCGCCUUCAGCAAGAAGACCAAAAGAGACGGGACCGUCAUCACUGCUCAGUCCAGCUCUGCUGAAAAGAAGAGAGCCGCUUCUGAGAAGAAAUCCGAAACCUCCGACAUAACCAAGAAAGGCAAAGAUGGCAGCAAGGUCACUAAAAAAAGCAGCAAGUCAAGCCAAAACAGUGCUCAGGCCCAGGAGAAAUCCGAGCAAUCCAAAUGGUCCAUCAAAAACGAAAAGAACGGCGAGACUAACGUGGAAUUGAACGAGGAAAGGCAUAAAUCGCAAUCUCAGGAAAGCAACGAGUCUUCAGAGAGCUCCGAAACUGUAGAGAAAAACAAGUACGAUGACGAUGACACAGGUAGGUACAACGUUAUACAGGACUUUGGCAAUAUUGUCAGCAAUAUUACCAUGAAUAAUAAGUAUAAUAACGGCAUAACUCGGGGUGUUAGUGGACAACACCCCGAGUGA